AUGUCGGGAUUCUUCCUAGAGAAGGCUCUCCAGAAAAAGGUGUGGAUGGAUGAGGUAGCAGUACAGAGUAAAAAGAACACGGCUCAAGAAUGCUUGGAUCCUGAAUACGAGGUGUCUGGAAUUGUGACCGGAGGCUCAAUAAUAUACUCGAAGAACCCUGGGUGGUUUAUCUAUAGCAUGUAA